AAAUGAGAGGACUAAUGGGUUGGAGAGCUCUGAAUAUUAAAUAGAACUGAACGAACAUAACACAAAUCGCUCUGAGAUCCUGCCUGAAUCUCAAAUCAGAAGCACCUACCUUUCAGCCAAUCUGAGAGGAUUCGAUUGGUAUACACUAUGUGUUAGACAAGAUACUGCUUCAGUCUACACCAAUCCAAUUGGAUUUACGUCCCCCGUGAGAAGCUUACUAUGUGCAUUUCAGGGAGAAGAAUGAGGAGGGAGAACGGGAGUUUGGUUUAGCACAUCAUGCAUAAAUAGUGAUGCUGGCCGUGUAACGCUAUGACCUUGCGCCCUCUGCUGUUUGAAUGUAGUACUUUCCACCAGUCACCACACAGCUAGCCUGGUUUACUCCACCAAUGUGACUAUAGAGAACUGGUGUCACCUAGACAACCACAUAUUUCCCCAAACAAACAAAAUCUGUACUGGUCUUAUCACAGAGAUUGAAAGAGGUCUCACCUGUGAACCUGUUCCAUUGAGGCAAUUUCAAUGAUGGUCAGUUUUGCGGUAAUCCACAGGCUGACCUCUCAUAAUGAUCCCGUUGGAUUUGCCAGAGGACUCGGUUGGAGCUGUGAUCACAUGACCGACCAGGUAAUUAGGAGGGAUCAGCCUAUGAAGUUUGAAGUCCCACCCAGUUGACUAUAUAAAAAAUAGCACAUGCCUUCAACGGCUUUGUCCAGGCUAGAACUUGCUUUAUCCCAGUUAUGAAUUAUAUCCCUCUCUAUGGGUCUGACCCCAUGGGGAAAGCUAGAGACAGUGAGAGGUAGGGGGUUAGCUGAUACAGUAGCAGUUGCCGUGUGCCACUUGUUUCCUUAGAGUGUAUCUGUAUAAGAACUAGUGCAUGGAAUAAAUCUACAGUUAAAUGGUCCUGGACAGCCUCUAUCAGUACAUAGGCUCCCUCUGGUGGGUGAUAUAAGUUACUACUGCAAAAGCAGAAGCAUUGGCUGAUCCUUUCUGAUGACCUGGUGCCAGUCAUCAUGUCUAAUCCCAAACCAGCACCUCCCCCCUGAUGACUUGCUCGGACUGCCCUCCACUGUCACGUGUUGAUGACAAAACUCAGUACUGGAGAGUGGCUGGAAUAUGAAUGAACCCAUCAACACCAGGACAAACCUGUGACUUCAGUAAUGCAAUUCAUGUUCCACUUUCACAUAAAGAACAAGCAUCAUAUUCACCAAUGUCUACUGUUGAAAAAACUCGGUAUCAAUUAAAACAACCAAUCAAAUGUAUUUUAUAAAUGGUCCAAGGACGGUCCAGCAGCUAGGGUCCUCCUUUUAUUCCACAAGACACCAGAAAUAUAAUCCAUUUAACUUAAGAGAUACAGUACAGUAAUGUGUCCAGCCUCAAAAUUACAUACAAACAAAUGUCUCCUGUAACCAAACACACCUAUACAUUAUUUUGUGUUAAAUUGAAAAAGCUAUAAUGGAAUUAGCCUGAAUGCUGUGUCUUUGCACGUUCGCUAUAAGAGCCACUGUAGUGUCUAAUUAGCACUCACACCCUUGAGAUGUCUUUUUCUUUAUUGGCCUCUCAAAAGCUUUUGACACUGUUGGCUAUUCAUUCAGUUAUUUACAAACUGAAUUAUCUGUUCAGACAGUCUCAUGGUUCAACAACUUUCUGACAGAUGGAACGUGUCCAGUUGGUUGGCAAAACAUCAAACGUUAAUUAUCCAGAACCCAGUGCCAUCAAGUUCUGUUUUUCUGUUGCUCAUUAUGUAUAUCAAUAAUGUUGGUAAAAAUAAUUGCCAAAUGCUGGUUCAAAUAUUUGGCUGAUGAAAUUAUUAUUUAUUUUUGUGUAUCUAAACUAAGGCCUUUAAAGAACUGCAGUCUCAUCUUUUAUAUUAUCCAGGCUCAGUUGUUGCUGAAUCUUCAAGAUUUAGUCACUCUUCCAGACAAAAACAUUUAGAGUAAAAAUCUUGAUUGCAGGGGUGCCAAUACUUUUGAAGCUUAUGUUUUGCAACCAAAAAUAAUACCACUCAAUAAAAUGUUUUAUGUAUUAGAAAUGAUUGUGUUCUAAUCUUAGUAAAUGGCUCCCUUUUAUGUUUGAGCCCACAAUAUGUCUCACUGUUUUUUUGCAUUCACUUUUGCUCAAUUUCACGAAGGGUGUCAAUACUUCUGGAGUUGACUGUACCUUCUCUGUGGAGAUGGAGCCAUUGGUGCAUUUUCUGUUACAAGGCCAUACUCGCAUUUACCUAUGUUCAUGCAACAUUGACUACUGUUCCCAAAGCCUCGUUAAAGUUGUCAAACGUUCUGAUACAUUGCUAAUAGAAAGGCCAACAACGGAGCUAUUGAUCUUAUCUCAACGUUUCAAAACGUCUCGUCUCGGUGAACGCAUCGUAGGUGUUCUUCGGAAUCUCCCACCUCGGCGCCAUUCGGAUCAUUGAGGACUCUCAUUGGCUGAUUCGCCUAAAUUCUGCACACGAGGUUGUCCGGUAGGCUUCACCCCAAGCUAGUUUGUCAAUCAACUUUAACACUUGCCUCAAAACAGAGAAACUCUCCCAUCAAUUGUUCGACUUUAUCAUUGAACAAAUUGCUAGUUUAGAGUUUAAUGCUUGUAAAAGCAGGUUCCUUAUGGAUGAAAAGUGCGAGUCAGCUGACGAAUACGACUGCCCAAGCCUCCUGUGUGAGGAACAGGAGGCUGAAGAGGAGGAGAGUUACCAUGGAGACUACUCUGGAAGAGAAGCAUUGGUAGAGAGAGACAAAUGGGAUGAAGGACAGAGGGAAGAAAGAGAGAGAAAACAGGAGAAAGAGGAAGAAAAUGUAGAACCAGAGAAGGAGAGGAAUGGAGAGAUGAAUGAGGAUGUAAUAAAAGAAAUAGAAGAGGAAAGUGAGGUGGAGGAUGAGGGUGGAGAGAUGGAUGAGGUUAGGGCAAUAGAUGAGGUUGGAGGGAUGGAUGAGGUUGGAGGGAUGGAUGAGGUUGGAGUAAUAGAUGAGGGUGGAGGGAUGGAUGAGGUUGGAGUAAUAGAUGAGGGUGGAGGGAUGGAUGAGGUUGGAGCAAUAGAUGAGGUUCGACAAAUGGAUAAGAGGCUACUGAGACAAAGGAAAGGAAGGAUGGAGGAAGAAGUAGAUGAGAAUGUGGUGGAUAUUCAGGGUUGGAGAGCGAAUGAGGAUGAAGAGAAGAAGGACAUUGGAGAGAGGGAUGGAGAGGAGAAGGUAGAAGAAGAAAGGAAGCAGGAAGGAGUGAUGGAGUCAGCUCUGCCUCUUGACUUCCUUGGCAUAGUGACUGAGCCUUUCAGCAUGACAACCACCACCCAUGAGGAUUCUGGGUACCUGAGCUCUGGAUUUGGGUUUUUCUGUCCCUCUGGGCCUGUCCUGUUUCCAACCCAGCCUCCACCUCACCCCCAACCCCUUCAACCCAAGGGGGUGAAGCGCCCCCACAGUGUCAGUCCGCCUCCCCCUUCCACCCAAAACCUACAGGUGAAGUUGACUCGAGUGUACUCAACUCGCCGUUCAAUUCGCUACAACACCCGGGGUCGUAGCCAGGUUCCUCUCCCCCUGUUGCCAGCCGUAACCAUGGGAGACCCCACACCGUUGCCACCAAUGACCAAGAAAAAGACACGCACGCUCUACAGCACGGACCAGUUGGAGCAACUGGAGGGCCUAUUCCAGGAGGAACACUACCCAGACGGAGAGAAGAGGAAGGAAAUUGCCACCAUGGUGGGCGUCACGCCCCAGAGAAUCAUGGUGUGGUUUCAGAACCGGAGGGCAAAAUGGAGGAAGGCCGGACGUUCUGCAGUUAAGCCAGAACCAAAACCGACCUACACCAGCUCCCAGGAUACCAACCCCAAUCCUGCCCCCCUUCUGACAUCACACCCACACACCAGGAUGGUCCUAGGACAGACCGCAACCUUCCCGCCUCCUCCUGGUCUCUCCCUACCGCUCCCUCCCACCACCCAGGCCCUCCCCUCCUAUGGCAACCUGCUGACAAGCCUCUCCUCCAGCCCAACAGGCAGAUCCGGAGGAGGAGGCGAUGUGGGGCUACCGCCAGUGGAGCAUCUACCCCCCAUCAUGUACAGCCCACCUCCUUUACGACGCGCCAGCCUCCCCCUCCUGGCUACCUUCAUGAACCCUGCCAACCCCACCCACACCCCCCCUCCACCAACGCCCAAGCCCACACCCACCCCGACAUCGCCUCUGUUCAUGGAUGUGUUGGAGUCCAAUCCUCACGUUCACCCCUCACAGACAGACGCUGGUUGUCCGUUUGACUAUAACAGUGAUCCCCUGACCACCAGCUCAAUGAAGGUAGACCCUCAGCACUACCUGACCUCCAGCCACCAGGGUGGCACAACAGUCUCCUACCAGCUCCAGCCCCAGCCCUCCCACCUGGCCUACCUCACCCCCUCCCCCUACCUCACUCCCAAACCUCCCGAGGGCAAUGCCCUCCCCACCUCGUUCCUCACUUUUGGCCCAGGGUGCGGGCCCGGGGUGGUGACCUAUGGAGCGGGAGGCCACACCUACUUUCAAACACAGCCUGGAGGAGGACAGAUCCUACUGCAGUCUGGGAUACAUGGAGGCCUCACGGCGUACCAGCCGUGCCCGUGGGAUCAGAUGUACAGCCAGCCAGCCGUGUUUCAGCAACGUAACAGCACACUGGGGGGUCGGGACCCCCCCUCCUCCUAUGCCCCAGCCCCUUACUACCCCCGCUCUCACACACACUCCCAGAGAACCACACACACUUCAGCCCAGGUCCUGCCCUCAGUUUCUAGCCUGCGAUUCCCCCACCCCAGAGGAGCCGUCACCCUACAGCCCCGACGCCCCACGCCGCCCUUGGCCUCGCCGGACCCCCCGGCCAUCGUGAAGGCGGAGACUGAGAGCCCUCCCCAGAUACACAGCAGCCAUUUCCACUGUGACUUCUCCCCUAUACACUUCUGACAGAACUAGUGUGUGUGUGUGUGUGUGUGUGUGUGUGUGUGUGUGUGUGUGUCUGCUCUCUUUGUUCUCAUAUCAAUGUAUGUUUAUGUUAGUGUAUGUUAAAGGUUUGUAUGUGUGUCACCUAUUUUUUGAUUCACGGUUAAUAGUUUGGGGGUUCUGUUCAGGUUGUU